AUGCCGUUGUUACAUUUAAGAUCACAAUAAAAGCCGUGUAUUUAGUUAUUUUUAAUAAUACAUACGUUAAAAAACGGCGCCAUCGGUAGUCGGAAGUGACGUUUGUAAUCAAUAGUGACUGUUCAGCCGAAGAAAAGGUUGUGUAUGAGCAUGAGUGUGUGAGUGUGUGUGUGUGUGUGUGAGAGAGAGAGAGAGAGAGAGAGAGAGAGAGAGAGAGAGAGAGAGAGAUGGAAGGACUGUACACACACAGCGUGUAUCUGCUGCAAGAAUUGCAGGAACAGAGGAUUCAAGGGCUGUUGUGUGACUGCACUCUGGUGGUGAAGGGCGUGUGCUUCAAAGCACACAAAAACGUCCUGGCUGCCUUCAGCCCCUACUUCAGAUCUCUGUUCCAGAACUCUCCAGCAGUGAAAAACGAUGUGUUCCAUCUGUCCAUCCAGGAUGUAGGGGGCAUCGGUCAGAUUCUGGACUACAUGUACACUUCCCACCUGGAGCUUAACCCGGACAACGUGCACACGCUGCUGCACAUUGCACAGAACCUACAGGUGUCUAACAUCAUUAACAUGUGCACUGUGUACUUGAAGCCUGUGACUCCGCCCCUUUCGCUGCCUGAUUGUGUUCUGGGGAGCCCUUUACCUGCAGAGCCUGACUUCCAAAGCGCCGCCCCCAGUGACAUCACCAAUCCCAAUGUCCAAUACAGACGACCCCAACAGACAAGUGUGAUGUCAGUGGCCCCGCCCACUGCUAACCUGGAAGCAGCCAGUAGUCUUCCGGCUCAUGGUUACAAGCUGAGGAACUUUUACAGCAGGCAGUAUUUUAAAAAAGUGGCAGAGGAGCAGAAUAAUAAUAAUAAUAUUAUUAAUAAUAACACACAAGGUGCCAAUCCUAGCCUUCCAAAACCGCCCACGAAUGCAGAGAACCAAUCACUGCAUUCGGCACCAUCUACAACAACCAGUCAGAUACCAACAGACACAGGAAAUCCUGUUCUGUCUCAAUCCACCGUGCCUGUGAUGUCACAGACAUUACCAUGCUAUGCAAACGCUACCAUUCCCCCUUCUUCCUUGUCCUCAUCGACUUCCUGUUCUAAUGCUCCUGUGCUUCCUGUGAGUGGGGUAAAAACCACCCCUGCGUCUCGCACUGUGUGCCCUAAAAAGGCUGUUUACCUGAAGAAGUUCAAUUACCAUGUUUUAGACGAGGGGGUGGAGUCUGAGGGUUUGAUUGACAGCUGCAGUUCAGAAAGAGACCAGCAGGUGGGGACAGAACAAAGGCCAGAACUCGUCAGCGUAGACACGCCCAUUGAGGAGCCUGUGGAAGAGCCAGAACCCAGGAUGCUCCCUAUUCCUGACCCACCACCACAGCUGGAGCAGACAUGCCCUCAAAAUCAGAGGUCAGAAGGGUCAAAGGUUGCAGAAAUGAAUAACAAGUGCUGCUGUGAAGUGUGUGGGAAAACAUUUAAACACCCCAGUAAUCUAGAACUGCACAAACGCUCACACACCGGUGAGAAGCCAUUCCAGUGUAAUGUCUGUGGAAAGAAGUUUUCCCAGGCAGGAAACCUGCAGACUCAUCUCCGCCGCCAUUCAGGAGAGAAACCCUAUAUCUGUGAGCUCUGUGGGAAAAGUUUUGCUGCAUCAGGUGAUGUUCAGCGGCACAUUGUCAUCCACUCAGGAGCCCGACCUCAUCUGUGUGACAUCUGUGGACGAGGUUUUGGCAACCUCAGUAACCUGAAGGAACAUAAGAAGACUCACAGUUCGGAAAAAGAGUUUAUCUGCGAUCAAUGUGGCAAGUCAUUCAACAUGCAGAGAAAACUAAUCAAGCACACAAUGAGACACACGGGAGAGAAACCGUACUGCUGCCAGACCUGCGGUAAGUGCUUCGCCGGCUCAGGUGACCUCCAGCGUCACGUGCGUUCCCACACAGGUGAGCGUCCGUACGUGUGUGACACCUGCGGGAAAGGGUUCACACGCACAGCAGUGCUACGCCGGCACCGAAACUCUCACUGCAACACCCAAACACACACCACGUCCUCGGAGGAUACACACGCCUCGCCCUCUCGCACCGAGGCAGACUCGCACACUCAGCUACACACUCCACACAAUCAGAGUGAACUCGGUUCCCUUCCUCAUCCCACCUCUGCCCCGCCUCCUCCGGAAAAUCCCAGACAAGCCCCGCCCUCUAAUGACGCCACCUCCACGACGUUCUUUUCCUCGCACUCUUCAUCCGCUCCGCUCUCGGAUCUGCGCUCAGGUGUUCCGCAUCAUUUCAUUUCCAAGCCCCUCCCUUCGAACUCUAAGGCCCCGCCCCAUCCUCUAAGGCCUGCCCUCCACUCUGACUCUUCCUUCAGCUGGGACUCACAAUGAAAAUGCUUCAGAAGAUGACCACUGACUUCUCUGGUGAUUCCACCAUUUAUCAAAGAUGAAUAAAAUGUCCAUCAAUUAUAUUUUUUAUUACACUAGACUCAUUAUUUCAAAUGGGUUCUAUCAAAGGGAUUGUAAAAAAUCUGCUUUCUCCAUAUGCUUUAUGUCUUUAUGACACUUAAUGAAAUGGUGAAAUAAAAAAGGCAAGCUUUGGACACUGAAUUUUCUGGCCUGAUUUGUUUAUGAUUCAUUUACCAUGUCCACUAGAGUGUGCUAUAUCCUUAUGUCCAUUACACUCU